GGGUACACGCGCAACGCAUUUACUUUUCUCUCCGGACAGAGCGCUACUUAUCAAUCAAGAUUCGAUUAACUUCUAGCUUCUGCGGCCCCAGCCUCUCCGUGCCCCUUCGCCGAUCGCCACACUUAAUAGCAGGUCACAUUAAUUAUUAUAGCAAGAUGAGCGAGCCUCUCCCAUCGUCUUUUGAAGAACACCCUCAGUUCCAAGAGGAGACUUCGCUCCAAAAGUUCCGCAGACGUCUCAAGGAAGAGCCUCUGAUCCCGCUAGGAUGUGCUGCCACUUCCUACGCACUGUACCGGGCCUACCGGUCGAUGAAGGCCGGCGACUCCGUCGAGAUGAAUAAGAUGUUCCGUGCUCGUAUCUACGCCCAAUUCUUCACCCUUAUCGCCGUCGUCGCCGGAGGCAUGUACUAUGGUAGCGAGCGGAAGCAACGGAGGGAGUUCGAGCAGAUGGUGGAGGCACGCAAGAGCCAGGAAAAGCGGGACGCUUGGCUGCGCGAGUUGGAGAUCCGUGACAAGGAAGACAGAGGCUGGCGGGAGCGUCAUGCGGCUAUUGAGGCCGCGGCCAACGAGGCCGCACAUGCUAAGAAGUCAUUUCCUGAGCAGGAUGCUGCUCGCUCUGCUAUUGAGCCCUCCGAACAGAAGUCAAUUGGGGUACUAAGUGCUGUGAAGGAGUUGUUGUCGAGGCAGUAAGGUUGGUAAAAAGAAGUGUUGUUGAGUUUCUUACUUGAUUCUCAUGUUGGUUUGGGUAUCUAUGAUAUUGUACAUAUAUGCAUUCGAUU